CCUCUUCUCUCUUCUCUCUGCCUUCCGUCCUUUGCUCACCUCCACGGGGUUUGCUGCUUUCUGCGGCGUCUGUUCGGUGUGAAUCGUUUGCUUACGAAGUCGGUAAAUUAGCACGGAAUGGGAUAGUUUGAUAGGUGAGCGCGUACGGCGUCGGGUUUUUGUGCGCUUGCGGUGUGGGGGGGGGGGAGGAAGAGUUGAAAGGACAGAGACGGAGAGGGAGGAAAAGCGAAAGAGGGAGGAGAUGGUGAACACGUGCUCACCACGCGCUGAAGAUUCUCUCCUAGGGAUCUCGGAGUGAUGUGUUGAUCUGGCGAAUUUUUGUGCGGUGAAGGUUUUGUGAAGUGUCGGAGCUGGGGAAUCCGAGUCGGUUUGAAGUGGAAGUUGUGAAUUCGGCGAGAUCUUAGUUUCGGUUGGAGGGUGUUAGGUGGUUGGUUAUUUGCCUUCUCUUUGUUCUUGGUGGGGUCGAGGAUGGUCAAGGGAUGAGUGGGGGUGGAAUCUUCGAGUUGGAGGUGUACAUGGAGGCUGUGGUGAGGGCUGUUUGAUUUGGGAGGUGACCGAGUAUGCAGCUUACGCGGCAUGAAGUGAAGCAUAUUCGGCUGGAACCGUGGCGGGUGCGGGGCUAUUUUUUCCUAAGGAACGGAGAUUUGAGAUGGAAGAGCCGUAGCUGGCUUCUUUCUGCGGUGAAAUCAAGGCUAGUUACGCUGUGAUACGACUUCUGUUUUGUUUGAAAUGGAAGCGGGUGUUCUCAAUUAGAGCUCAUUGCGGAUGCUCUUGGCCUCAUGGUUGUGAGCGGCAUUCGUCCUUCGAAAGCUCUGGGAACGCCCUCUGCUUGCUAGUUUGUCUCUGAGCACAUUAUACACUACCCUUAGCUAGACCAGUGCUGGUGAGACGACAUACCACAGCUCCUCUCAUGGCUGGUUCUCCAAUGACUACUCUAUCGAUUGGGGAUUUGUCACCUAGCAAUGGUGUUGGAGAGCGCCAGAGCCAUGAAACAAUUCUCAGGUUGAAAAGUUAUUUACCGGAUCGAUACCCCACCGACCAUCUGCUUAAUGGCAUGUCCACGGGUGAAGUGGCGGUUUCUAAUGGAUACAUAAGUGGAAAUCAAAAUUCAAGCAAGAGUCUGAAGAGAAAGAGGCCAGAACCUCCUGGAGUACCGUGUGCUCCCGCCUAUGAUGGUGGGGAAUCUACGAUUGUGCUGGGCCUAGGCCAAGUUGAUGGUGCUAGUAGCAUGGAUGAGGACUCUGAUGUGGUCCUCGGAUUAGGCCAAUCAGACACCAGGAAUUACUCGGGCAAUCGUUCAGGAAGUGCACAACUUUGUGGGAGUUUGGGUGGGGAUGAGACAGUUCAUAGUGGAAGCGCCGCUGCGGAGAUGCUCAUGGCAAGAAGCCAGGGCCAAGGGCUGAAUGGAACUGAACCCGGUGUCCUCCUCCGCUUGAACACCAUGGGAAAUCUACAAUCGGGAGCUCCUGCACCUGGGGGUUCAGGUUGGCCUGGAGACGGUCAACAAUACAAUAGCCACUCUGAAAAGCAUGCUGGGUCACACCUGGGAUUAGCUCCUUCGUGCACCGGUUAUGUUGACACGAUAACUGGUCGGAAGUUUGGAAGUGAUGGGCUUCUUCUAGGACUUGAUCAAGGGGCAAAGUCUCAUUCUAGUAAUGGGACUCAUUUUCCAGUUGUCGAUGAAGGGUCCAGCACAGCUCGCCUUACUUGUGGUGGCUACAUGCCUUCUCUUCUGAUGGGCAGCCAAAUCUAUCCUACAGUGGCGUCUGACCGACACCGUGGUGAUGCUCGCGGAAAAGGGCGCAUGGAAGAAGAAAUUGUCGAGCAUGAUCUUUUGAUGACCUUGCGUUCAUCUGCUAGCGAUGGGACGACUUCUACUAGUGGUGCUUCUGGGUCUGAUCGAGCCCCAAAAGUGUGUAAAUUUCGAGGGUGCGGCAAAGGUCCGAGAGGUGCUUCGGGCCUGUGCAUAGCGCAUGGGGGCGGGCGGAGGUGCCAAAAGCAUGGGUGCAACAAGGGUGCAGAAGGACGUACAGUGUAUUGCAAGGCGCAUGGAGGAGGCAGAAGAUGUCAAAGUUUAGGGUGUACAAAAAGCGCCGAAGGGAAAACUGAUUACUGUAUAGGGCACGGAGGUGGUCGUCGUUGUAGCUUUCAAGGGUGUGGUAAGGCCGCCCGGGGUCGUUCAGGCCUGUGUAUUCGUCAUGGUGGUGGGAAGCGCUGCCAGAUUGAGGGGUGCACUAAAAGUGCCGAAGGGUAUUCUGGAUUAUGUAUUUCACAUGGUGGUGGACGCAGGUGUCAAUUCGCCGGUUGCACCAAAGGAGCCCAAGGCAGCACUAUGUUUUGCAAAGCUCAUGGCGGUGGAAAACGCUGCAUCAUACAGGACUGUAACAAGGGUGCUGAGGGAAGUACUCCACUCUGUAAAGGCCAUGGAGGUGGGAAACGUUGUGCCUUUGAUGGUGGUGGAAUCUGCACGAAAAGUGUGCACGGAGGAACCCUCUUCUGUGUGGCUCAUGGGGGUGGGAAACGCUGUGCUGUAGAAGGUUGUGGAAAAAGCGCGCGGGGUCGGACAGAUUUCUGUGUUCGACAUGGAGGUGGGAAACGGUGCAAGGUGGAAGGAUGCGGCAAGAGUGCUCAAGGUAGCACAGAUUUUUGUAAGGCUCACGGAGGUGGAAAACGGUGCCAAUGGGGAACAGAGGGUUUCAACUUUGGUGAACUCGUGAGAGAUAAAAACAAAGAACCAGUUUCGGGAGCUCCUUGUGAUAAAUUUGCACGAGGCAAGACAGGCCUUUGUGCCGCCCAUAGUGCUUUAGUUACAGAUCGACAAGUACAUGGUGGGAGUGCAGUCGGAAGUACAGUUACCCCUGGAUUGGCCCCUGGUCUAUUUCGAGGCUUGGUAACUGGUGCAGGGCAGAGUCGCCCAAGUGGGAUGGCUACUACAAGCACGACUGCGGAGACAACAGCAACUGGUGGUAGCGCACCUCUCAGAAGUAUGUCUGGUGAAAUGAGGAGCGGAGCGACAGAGAGUCCAGCUGUAACAGGCUCGGAUGCACCUUCACAUACUGGUCGAGCACCGAUUGGAAUUUGGGCUCAAAGGGGUUCAGCACUUUCCAGGAGUUCUAUGUCACAAGGGUUCUCUACAAGUGUCGACAACACAAAUCCGUCAAUGGUCAGCGAUACCUCAGGCACCGUGCAUGGUCCUUAUCGUGGUGGUUUCUUAAGCGCGUCUCUAGGUGGUAACAGGAGCAAUUUUAACGCAUCUACAACUACCGGCGUCGGAAGUCUUGCAGAAUCUACCGCUGGACUUGAUUUGAACCCCGUAGCUACGGAUACUUCUCCCCUGCAGCCAACCCCUUCGUCACUGCCUUUUCACCAACCUUUCAUUCCUCCUCAGGUUUUGGUGCCUUUAUCAAUGCAAAAGGAUAUGCACGGAUCUUUUAACAAGUCCAAAAAUGGGCGGCCACCCCGACCGCAACUCUCAGAUUCUGAUGAAGGGAUGUUCAACAUAGGUUUGUUGUCAUUGCCCGAGGGGAGAGUUCACGGAGGUGGUCUUAUGCCAUCUCUUUCGGAGAGUCGUGUUCACGAAGGGAGGUUGAUGUCUGCUAUACCUGAAGGCCGCGUCCAUGGAGGUGCCGUCAUGGCCCUUCUAAACAAAGACACAUCAGGUGGAGAUUCUCAAAAUCGGGUAGACGCAUUCAACUUCGGGAUGGAUUCAAGUAGAACUCCCGCACACGGUCUGCGGUAUCCAGUGCAUGGACACUCCAUUCCAGGGUCUUGUGCAGUGGACAAUGGGCUGCCACGACCUGACUUGAGUCUGGAGAGAAACAACUCUUUGGGCAUCGAUGUAGGCCAGUUCUUGGCUACUGGAGUUGACUUGAAUUGACUUCAUAUCAGCGAUUUGGAGAUUCUGGGUAUUUGACGACUUGCAGCUUGCUGACGACGAUUUUGAUUGACAAAUAUUGUGGUCAGGAUUGUUUGGAUAAUGAAAUAUUGCUAUUUUCCUUUGUCAUUGUAGGAGACCUUUGGCGUGCAAUGCGUUGGGGAUGGGUGGGUUUAUGUUGGUAGCGAACAGGGUUUGAUCGGAUUUAUAUUAGGUUCGGCAACAGCAGAGGGAAUGCCUGGACAUCGGUUUCUCCGAGUGAUACAGUAGUGCACUGGUGUGAAAUACCCGCCGCUGGUACUAUUAGCCCCCCCCCCCCCUUCAGCAUAACAAUAUCGUUGCUCUUUAUCAUGUCUUAAACUUAGUCCAAUUUCAAUUAUUGAGCUUCGUCUGUGCUGUGUCUUUUACCUUCACCCUCAGUUUAAAAAGGUGGAUCUAAAAAUGAGGCAACAGCAGAGGCUCCGACUUCAGCCUCAUCUGGUUUCGACUCCAGUUUGCAGCAUAACAAGCAGAAGUCAGGGCAACAUCACUUAGCUCAAGGUUUUGGUGUCAUGUUUCCCUGCAGCAGGGUGUAAGUAGAUUGAACAGAUGAGUCUUGUACAUUUAUCUGGGGGUUGAGUUAUUAUUUGGACGAGCUAAUAUGUGGUGUUAUUUGUAAUUUACUAUGGAUAAGGGAUUUAAUUACACCGUGUUGUGCUGA